AUGAAAAAUGUAAGUGAAAUGAGAAUGAAAUACAUCUGUUUAAUGAUUUUUUUUGUAUGAGAUGAAAGAACUAAUUUAUUAAUGGAGUUAGAGAAAAAUGGAAUGCUAGAGGAGGUGAUCAGAAGAAGAUUUAUGGUGCAUGGUGUUGUGCUAUGUGCGGAGAAAUUUGUUGUUUGGAUGAAAGAGGAGCAUGCUGGAGAACUUGGAGAAGCAGAUAACGAAAUAAAAAUAUUUAUUUAUAGAGUGAAGUUGAAGGAAAAAAAGGGAGAAAUGCUGCUAUGCAGCGCUAAAAUAAUUUAA